AUGUCUCGCCGAGACACGCCAGAGUCCUGUGGGCCAGAGCCCAGUCGCCACCAGCGUCAACAGCAAACCCAAGAUGCAGACAUAGACCCUUGGACUCGCAUUCAGAGGUCCUUCAAAAUGCCAUCUCAAACAGGACUAAACAAACUGAAUAUCAAUCAUGGGUGGCCAGUAAUGGUGCUGCUACCUCUGGCCGGCCUUACAAAGAUAUUUCAUUGGAGUUCGACAAUAGUUCUCGUGGUGAAUAUUGUCGCCAUUAUCUUCUUGUCCGAGGCGAUAUCUAUUUCGUCCGAUGAACUCGCUGCCCACCUUGGAGAGCUGCAAGGUGCACUACUCAGUGCCACAUUCGGAAAUACCGUAGAGCUCACAGCAGGCAUUCUGGCUCUGGUUCAUGACGAGAUCCCAUUUGCGCAGUCUGUCAUGGUUGGAAGCAUUCUCUCAGAUAUUCUGCUUGUCUUCGGCUGCUGCCUCGUCACAGCUUCGUACAACAAGGAGGUUUUAGAGUUUAACAGUGCCCUUGCGAAGACCUUGUCCUCUUUGAUGAUGAUAACAGCCGUAACGAUGCUCCUCCCAACGGCCCUCUACUCGACUUUCCCAGUAUCCGAGAUAGAUGACAGGGUGCUAUCCUUCUCACGAGGGACGUCGUUAGUACUCCUAGGGCUCUACGGAGGUUACCUCUACUUCUAUCUCGGGACUCACAAACACCUCUUCGUCUCGAAUGAGAGCGAAUCUAGUGACUAUGAAAAUAACGGAGAUUCAUCAUCCGCAGCCAGCAGGGCUAGCUUAGCUUCCUCAAUUAUCCGAUUGACAACAGCCGUGGCUGCAACAGUCUUUUGCACAGAACUCCUGCUUGAAAGCGUCGACGACAUGGCGCAGACUCUCAGAGUCUCUGAAGUAUUUAUCGCAAUGGUUUUCAUUCCAAUUGCUAGCAAUAGCACCGAGGGGGUCACUGUCAUUGCGGCAUCUCGCACAGGAGACACAGACUCUGCAAUCCGAGUUAUUAUCGACAGUCUCUUGCAAAUUGGUCUGUUUGUUAUACCAUUCUUGGUUAUUAUCGGCUGGUGCAUUGCUGAACCGAUGACGCUUUUCUUUGAUUCGUUCCAGACUGUUGCCAUGUUUUUGGCCAUUCUGGUGGUGAAUCAUCUACUUCGUGAUGGGCAGUACGCUUACAUCCAUGGUGCGAUGCUUCUUGCUCUCUACUCUAGUCUCGUUGUGGCAUUCUAUGCGCGCUAG